AUGAAUUUGAAAGCAGUGCAUAUUCUGGGCUAUCUUGCGGGUCUCUUUUUUGCGCUGGAACCUUCCUAUAUUCAUCCAGACGAGCAUUUUCAAAGUCUCGAGAUUUUGGCGCAGCACUUUUUUGGCACAGGUCGAACAAUUCCUUGGGAGUUUCUGCCUGAAAAUGCUGCUAGAAGUUUCGGACCCUUGUACCUGACUUACGGGCCGCUUUUCUACCUGUACAGGGAAUUUGGCGGUAAACAAUCUGGUCUUACUCUGCUAUACCUUGUGCGCUUGCAAAACUACCUGAUGUUCACAUGCAUUUAUAAGCUAGCACUACAGUUCCUGCUGCGAUCCAAACUAGAUCGGGCCAAGGCUAGUUUUUACAUCUCCACAUCGUACAUCGGCUGGACUUACCAAACACAUUCGUUUUCAAAUUCGCUUGAAACCUGCGCUUUACUUGUAGUCCUGUCUCUGUUUCAAGCUUUAAUUCAAGAUUCUAGAGAGCAGAAAUAUACCCACUACAGGACGUGCGCGAUCCUGGGCUUUGCCAUUGCCUUUGGUGUAUUCAACAGAGUAACUUUCCUUGGGUUCAUCGCACUACCAUGCAUUCCUACAUUCACCAAUUUUUAUGCAAAGCAUGUGAAGUCAUUUGUCGUCUUGAUUAUUGCAUUCGCAUUGUCCUGUACUGCUUUUAUCUACCUCGAUACCCAGCUAUACAAGACUUCGCACUGGUGCAUCGCACCCCUCAAUAAUCUGAGGUACAAUUUAAAGACCUCGAAUUUAGUUGUCCACGGGCUCCAUCCUCGUUAUACUCAUCUUCUGAUAAAUUUGCCACAAAUUUUAGGUCCACUUCUCGUGUAUUUCACAUCCCGCCGGCAGAGAAUUAACCUAACAUCUCUGUCAUGCAUCUCUGGUCUCCUGUUUCUUUCAGCCUUUCAGCAUCAAGAACUAAGAUUUUUGAUUCCUCUUAUGCCAUUACUAUGUGCCUCCAUCGAACUUUCAAAUUUAGACACAGUUAUUCCUACCAGAUAUGUCACCGGUGCUUGGAUUAUCUUUAACAUAAUAUUUGCCACUAUUAUGGGAUCUCUCCAUCAAAGGGGUGUCUUGACUGCUAUCCAAGAGAUGACUAAAAACGAUACACAAAUUGGUGUGCACUUCUGGUGGAGAUCCUACUCUCCUCCAACGUGGCUUUACUUCAACAAGGAUCUGGUCGUUUCAACUACAAAUAUAGUCAAUCAGGAGGAAAGGGUAGACAAUAUAGACUUUGACAUAACCAAGGAUCAUGUCAUUGAUCUCAAGGGUUGUGAUUACAAACUUUUCGAAACUACAGCGCAGAAGUUUUUGAAUCAAGGCAGUGGCAUCCGUGUAAUCAUCCCGAAGUCUUCGGGUAAACUUGUAAACAGAUUCAAAGAAUCUCACUCAAAUUUGCGGGUUCAAAACAUUUGGGAAACUUACUUUAGUCUGGAUUUGGACCACAUUGAUUUUGCGGACAUAUCGACGUUGACACCCGGGAUAACAAUUUAUGAAAUAAAUGUUUUGUAA